AUAUUAGUCUAUAGAUUAUCUGUGCUGUGACGUCAUUGUGCACAUAAACAAUCAUUUGACCUCUGACAAACAUUCACCGUUGUGUUAGCACUAAGUUUUUAUUAAAAACCAUGACUUCCACUAGUUUAUACGAAAAGUAUAGUAAUUAUCGUUAUUGUAUUGUACGAGAAUGCAAAAACACAUCAAUAAAGACCCCAGGAAAGUUAUGGAUUAGCGUACCCAAGGAAAUAAACAUGCGAAACACCUGGCUAAAACUUGCUAAUAAGGAACCAGAUUCAUUUUCGACUGAAAGUAACAUUUAUUUUUGCGAAGAUCACUUUGACUUAGAAAAUGACAUGGAAAAUUACACGCGGUAUAAAAUAAUGGGUUCUGUUAAAAGGAUCCGAAUGAAGCCCAGUUGCAUACCCUCCAGAUUUGACUGCCAAACAGCUAGAAAACGCAAACCUACUCCACCAACAGAUGAGCAUGCAAUGCAACAGCAUGCUUCCAAGAGAACAGCAUUGGUGCCUGUAUCAGGAGAUAUACAAAUCCAGUCCAUAGAAAUGCCAAUAUCAUUGUUUCAUAAAGAGUUACUCAGUGAAGAAGAUGCCAUACCUACGUGUACUUCUCAUGAGAAGGAGUUUCAUGACAAGGCAGUGCAAGUAGUACAGCUUAACAUUCAGUUCUGUGAUCAAGCAGUACAAGUUCAACCAUUACAUGAACAU